CGAAGGCCCAAAACUUUAUAGCCCAACUUAUUCUGCAUACCGAAAGUAGAAACAGAAACAGACAUCAAUAUCAAUAGUAGAAGAUAUCUUUGUUGAGUGGAAAAUCUGAGAGGAAUGGCGACACUGGAUUCCGACGUCCCAAUGGUACCGGCCGGAGAUACCUCCUGCUGCGCCGGUCCCUCUUCUUCCAAGAAGCCAAAGCGCUUCGAGAUCAAGAAGUGGAAUGCUGUUUCUCUCUGGGCAUGGGAUAUCGUUGUCGAUAAUUGUGCUAUUUGCAGGAAUCAUAUCAUGGAUCUGUGUAUUGAGUGUCAGGCAAACCAGGCUAGCGCCACUAGCGAGGAAUGCACUGUUGCUUGGGGGGUUUGUAACCAUGCUUUUCACUUCCACUGCAUAAGCCGAUGGCUCAAGACACGUCAAGUAUGUCCUCUAGAUAACAGUGAGUGGGAGUUUCAGAAAUAUGGUCACUAGAACUUUGAUGCAGCUGAGCUGCUGCCUACUUGGACAUUUGUACUGUCUAACUUUUCUACUGUAACAUUUAUAGCUCUGUCUGCACUGUCUUUUGCUUGUUUCCUUGAGUUUAACUAUAAUUUAGAACGACACUCUUAAAUCCAUUAUAGCACAGUUACACCCUCCACUUGGAAAUGUGAUCAUACUCUUUCAACUUACACAAAUAUGGAUGUUUGGGUUGGCUCAUUUGAAUCCUUCUUUUCAGAGGAAAAUGAUCUGUCAUUUAUUGAAAUUGAAAUAUACAAUAUACAAUGAUUAUAUGUAUGUGCUUAAAAUAAACUAUAAAAUAAAAUUGCUUGGAUUUUAA